AUGACAAUAAUUACUACUGACGUUAAUCUUUUCCAGGAAGUAGCCAAACUUCCAUCCGAAAUCACUGCUAUAAUAAUUGGUUAUUUACCAAAAUGUAUAUUACCCAAGUUAUUGUACUUCCCGCUGAUUAAGAAAGAAGUGGCAUCUGCAAUUUUGUCAGAUGUUAAUAUUACAAGGAGCAUUUAUGUACACAAGGGCAGUGAUCUACCAGGUGUUGGCUACUCCGAAUGUGACUGUGACCGGUUUAAAAUCGAACUUACUGAUUUGAAGAAGGGAAUUGCUCAAUGGAAUGUAUACCCAAGAGCAAUCCAUAUAGACGGAAAUUUUGUAUUUGAGAACAUUUUAGAUACUUUUCCUAGACUUUUGAAGGAAGCUCUGAGUAUUAAUACUACUUUGAGUGGGCAUUACGGACUAGAUUCAGAAACCUACUUGGGCCCCUUUUUCAAUUCCAAUAUUAAGUUUGAUUCUUUGAGAUUGGUUGGUGUUUGGGAUGCAGUCACAUUACCGUGCAUUUCUACAAACGUUCAGGUACGUAACUCCAUAUUGAACAGUUAUCUGAUAUCUGGUGUUAAAAAGUUGGACAUCGAUAUGGAUUCUAAUGAUAGGGAAAUCCAGACUUACGCAUUCUCAUCUGAGUUGGAAGAUUUGCAAAUUAAAUCUAGGUUCGGGAUUCAGGUGAGUCUACCACCAAAUUUACGAAAACUAUCAAUCACGGCAUAUUUGGCUUCGGCAAGUUUUAUAUCCGAAGAAUUGUCUCAUUUAAAGUAUUUACAGCUCAAGUUGCCAGAAAAUCAGUCAUUUGAAGAAACCGGUAUAAUGGCACCAAAUUUAAAGACGUUAGCUUUGAUUGAUUGUAUAAAGUUUUCUAAUCUUGAUAAUUUAAAACAGUUUCAACAUUUGAAGCACUUGGUGUUAAAAAAUUGUGCUUACCCGAUUGGUUUGUUGAAUGAAAGUUCUUUUCCUGAGCUAGAAAGCUUUGAGUAUGAUGGAUAUGGUUUUGAAGAUCCAGAAAAUUUUACCGACCCGUUAUUAAUCUUUCCUACAAAUUUAAAACAAUUAUCAAUUGAAGGCCGUAAUCUUGUUAGUAUUGAUUUCAAUGCUUUAGUGCUUCCUCAUACGUUAAUACGAUUACAUCUUGUGGACUUAUCUUUUAAUGAUGGAUACUUUCAUUUAUGUGAGAAUUUGCAAUCUGUUCACAUCAAGACAUCAAGGCUUAGGUUUGAGAGUAGUUUCAAGAUUCCUCCUAUGGCCGAAGAAUUGAUAUUAGAGGCUGAUUAUCUAGUUUUUGAAAGCCUGGAUUUUAUGUAUCAUUUGCCGAAUAGUCUCACACGAUUGAGCUUGAUCGCUGAAAAACAAGGGAGGAUGAGUCCUAUUAUACAAAAGAUUAAAUGGCCCUUGGCAUUGGGUAGUUUUGAACUAGAGGGUUUUAAUAUUGAUCAGGAAACAUUGGAGCUAUUGAAUUUACAAGAAUCUAGACUUCGAGAAAUUAGAAUCAGUGGGGGUGACAUAAAAAGGUUAGAUGUUGAUCUAUUUCCAGUUAGUGUUGAAUAUCUAACUUUAAUAGAAAUGGAAAUCAAAGAGCUACCUGCAUCAUUUGAAAGGUUGAAGAACCUACGUAAAUUGACACUAAUGAGAAAUCGGUUGAAAAGAGUAAACCUGGUUAAUCUACCAGUAUCAUCAUUGGAAGUUUUAGACAUAAGUCAGUGUGACCUUCGUUUGAUAUCACCAUUUGUGGUUUCAAUGUUUGAAAAAAAGAAUAAGAAAGGAAAACUAAGAAUAAGGGCUACAGGAAAUUUGAAUGUCGAUGCUAAUGAUGUGAGGAAAGUAAUCAAAGCAAUUAAAGGACUUUAUUUAGAACUCAAUGAAUCUUAUGAAUGUUUGGGGAGAAUUACCCGACCUUAUUCCCGUUUGCGUUGUAUAUUUCGGACUUUUGAUCCAUAUUUUGAAAAAUCCGAAUCCUCUGAAACGGAAGAGAUUGUCUUCGGUCAAGAUUCAAACAAUCUUCUCCAUGGGGAUGAAUCUGUCCUGGAUAAAAAAGAUAAUGGAACUGGCAACAAAAGAAGAAAAAAACGGUAA